AUGGAGGAAUUGAGAUUUUGGUUAGACAAUUUACGUUAUCUAAACGGGUAUAACAUUCGGCCAAAAGUGUCUUUAGAACCUUUAACAAUCCACACUGACGCUAGUGGCGUUGGUUAUGGUGGUUAUUUUACCUCGUUGAGGGAUGUAAAUAUACACGGACAUUGGUCCGUUGAGCAAAGUGGUAAGAGUUCCACGUUCCGGGAGUUAUCGGCUAUCCUACUAGUUUUGAAAACUUCUGUGCAACGUUUACAGCAUAAAAAGGUGAAAAUAUUUUCAGAUAGCCAGAGCGCCUGUCGCAUCGUUCAAGUCGGGAGUAGAAUUUUCGAACUCCAAAAUAUUGCAGUAGACAUUUUCAACAUUUGUUUCAUUAACGACAUUAUGAUUGAAACACAAUGGAUUCCUCGAGCAGAAAACAGGACUGCCGAUGUGUUAAGCAAAACCAUUGAUUUAGAUGAUUGGAAGUUACACCCAGAAUUAUUUGUUAUGCUUCAUAGAGCAUGGGGUCCUUUUACUAUUGAUAGGUUCGCCGCUAAUUACAAUACACAAUUACAAAGAUUCAAUUCACGAUUUUGGUGUCCUGAAACAGAGGCUGUUGACGCAUUUACUAAAAAUUGGUCAAACGAAGCGAACUGGGUCUGUUCGCCAGUGGCUUUAAUCAUUCCCGUCAUUAGACACAUGUCCGUGUGUAAGGCCAAAGGUACCUUUAUAGUUCCUCGUUGGCCGUCCGCUAUUUUUUGGCCAGCCAUUAAAACCAAACCUGGAAAGUUUGCUCCAUUUGUUAAGGACAGUUUAGUUUUACUAAAAAAAAAAAAAAAAAUAGCACAGAUGUGCAUUCCUGGUGAAGGGCAAUUGAUAGCCUAUCAAAAGAAACCGUCCGUUUUUACGGGAACACCAAGUUUUGACUUACUGGCUUUACGGGUAGAGUUUUAAAGCAUGAUGAUUAGGCUUGGUCUUUAGCACCGUGUCUUUUUGACAAAUUGUGGCGUUUCAAAGCAUUUUAUUUAUUUUUUAUCCUCAUGUCUUUUCGACUGAUUCGCUCCAUUUCUGGUGUGAUUGUUCUGUUUAAUAGCACUUUGCUACAGUAUUUGGUUUAUUUGCUGAUAACGCAACUAAUGUGUUGAUUUUCAAACACUUCAAGUUUGCAUUUUUUCAGGGGUUUUGGCCACCAAAUUUUGGUUACAAAGUCAUCUCAUCGGUCAUUCGACCUGUUCAUGUAAAAAUUAAAUUUUACAUUUGCCUUUUAACGGCUAGAUACAUUUUCGUAAAAAAUUAAUUUUUAUUUAAUUAAUGCAGUCUUUUAGUGCUGUCAUAUCGUCGUGUGACGAAUGUAGUCUUCGAAGUUUAUAUUCUAUUAUGAUUUACUUAUUUCUAUUUAGAUGAGUUUAAAAUUGGAGUGUGGGAGGAUUUCUCCAAAAUACAGGAUCCUUCGCUUGUAUCGUUGGCUUCCUCGCUUUCUCGGGUUGUGUUAAAUGCAAAGGAUCGAAAUACGACAGUCCGCUAUGCUUACGGAUGGAACAGAUGGAAGAUCUGGUCCAUGUCUAAGAUUGGUGUUUGGUACCUUCCUGCUCAGCCUAUGUUCGUGGCGUUAUAUCUGCGUCAAUUCCUAGAUUCCGCCAAGACAACUUCACCUGUGGAUACUGCUGUGUAUAGCAUUCGUUGGGGGCAUAUUUUGGCCGCUUACCCUACCCGACAGAGCAACCGUUGGUUCAAUCUACCUACGAAGGCUGCCGACGAAUUCUCUCUCGACCAAGAGAACCUAAAGAUCCUGUCCCACCUUACAUGUUAG